GGCGGCGGCGGCCCCGGGGCUGGGGCGGGGGUGGGCGGCCCCGCAGCUGCGGCUCGUUCGCUCUGCUCCGCCCGGCCUUAACGCGGCCUCGGGCGCCGCAUGUGAGCCGGGAGGGCAGCCCCACACCGCCCCCCGCACCCCCGAGCGCACCCCGGCACCCACCAUGAGCAACCUCGGCAAGGACACCGAGCACAGCAACGGCGGCGGCAGCGGCGAGGAGGAGGUGAGGACGCUGUUUGUCAGUGGCCUUCCUGUGGACAUCAAGCCCAGAGAGCUCUAUCUACUCUUCCGACCAUUCAAGGGUUAUGAAGGGUCACUGAUCAAGCUAACCUCAAAGCAGCCAGUCGGUUUUGUGACCUUUGACAGCCGGGCUGGUGCUGAAGCAGCAAAGAACGCCUUGAACGGCAUACGCUUUGACCCAGAGAACCCUCAGACCUUGCGGUUAGAGUUUGCUAAAGCCAACACAAAGAUGGCCAAGAGCAAGCUGAUGGCCACACCAAACCCCACCAACAUCCACCCUGCCUUGGGCGCACACUUCAUUGCACGGGACCCCUAUGACCUGACUGGAGCGGCUCUUAUUCCCGCAUCCCCUGAAGCGUGGGCUCCCUACCCGCUCUACACCACGGAGUUAACCCCUGCCAUCCCCCAUGCCGCCUUCACAUACCCGGCGGCUGCCGCUGCGGCUGCUGCUCUUCACGCUCAGAUGCGCUGGUACCCUCCCUCUGAAGCUACCCAGCAAGGAUGGAAGUCUCGUCAGUUUUGUUAGUUUGUUAGUAAGUAACUCAUUUCUCUCAGAGCUGAGUUCUUGCCCUGCUUGUCCUUGGGCUCGUGGGGAGGAGGACGGGAGCUUGGGCUCAGCCUGCUGUAUCCCAAAGGAUGCGACUGGGUUACAUCAAUGGGUGACAGUGCCAAAUCUGAGCCAGCCGGAGCAGAAAGCCCCCCGAGCCCUGGGAUGGGGAAGGGGCUGUGAGUGCCGCUUGGGGAGUGGAUCACAGCAGCCCCACUCACCGGAGCUCCUCUCCUGCAGCGUCUCCUCGGCUUGUGCUCCUCUUCCCUGCCUUUCCGUGGAGGGCUGUUUCAGGGACGAUGGCUCCGACUCCUCUCGGUUUGGUUUGCGGCCAGCAGACAAGGCUUUCGGCUCGCUCCUCUGGGGCUGCCGGCAUCCCCCCUCCCAGGACUGUGAAGCUGCCUCCAUCCCUCGCUCCUUCCCUCCAUCCCUCCCUCCAUCCCAGGGCAUCCUCCCCGACCGAGCUGUGCCGAAACCCAGCUGGGGGCUCGCUCCCGGGCUCCCCCCGCCCCAGCAGCUCGGCUGAAGGCAACGAAAGGCAAUGGGUUUUGCAUGUUUUCUGGCAUGAAUUAAACACUUAACUUGUGUCUGUGUGAGUGUAAGUUUGUUUGUUCUAGCGUUUGUGUAACCGUUAGCAACGGGCUGCGGCCCGACGGAUUGAUCCAUCAAGGUUUGCAUCUUGCUUCAGUGAAGACUUGGCUUUGAGAAACACCAACUGUCCUUGUCUCACCCCUCUCCCACUGCCCUCCCCUCCCCAGUACGGCCAGAAGAAUUUGAAACAUGUAUUUUGUUGUUUUUUUUCCAAGUUCGAUGCACUGGGUUUUUGUUCUCAGCCAUUCUCCUCCUGUUUUAAAGUCAGGGUUGUUAUAGUACUUUUUUUUUCCUUCUUCAGACUUCUAUAUAUAGAACGGCUGUAAAAUAAUAUCGAACCUUUUUGUUUCCACCUCCUUCCGAUUGGAGAGCAUCCAGUCCUGCCCAAUCAUCCACCAUCCUUCUGGGAAUACCGAACAAAAAAAAAAGCUACGAGUAUUUUUGUACCAUGUGGAAUAAGGAAAUAUUUAUGCAUCAUGAAGAAUUUCUUGUGUGUUUGUGUGCAAUUAAUUAAUAUUAUUAUUAUUAUUAAAGAGAAAUUGUAAUCCUGUAAGAUAAGUUAAUGUUUAGUUUAAAAGCUUGAAAGAGAAGGGUUGUGUUCUGUAAUGAUGACUUGGUCAGGCAAUAGUAAAUGAGAAAUUGUGCAAUUUUUGUUUUAGCAUCUUAUUGCUUGGUAUUGAAGUGCUUUAAGUAUUCUAUGACCAUGGCUGUCUCGCUUGUACUAAGAGUUGAGAAUGAGUUGCUCUAUCAUUGCUGAUCCUAUGAGAAUGUGAAACUGGAUAAUAUAUGAAAUGCAACAACGACAAAAAUAUACCCAGAGGC